GGAAGUGUAAGCUGGUAGAGAAAAUUCGGUUUAUAAGCAUGUCUACAACCGGAGAACUUCAGGAUGGCGAUGGUCCUGAUAGAAAAAAGAUUAAAUCAAGUGAAUGUAUCAGGGAGGGCAUAUUGUUGGGAUAUGGAAAUCCUCUGUUAGACAUAUCAUGUAAUGGAACUCAAGAGUUUCUAGACAAGUAUGGACUGAAGAGUGAUGAUGCAAUCCUGGCAGAAGAAAAGCAUAAGCCUAUGUAUAAAGAUAUGGUGGACACUUUUGGGGCCCAUGUAGAGUAUGUUCCAGGUGGGGCUACCCUUAAUGCAAUCAAGGUAGCACAGUGGCUAUCUGGAGUUCCACAGGCUACCACAUUCUUUGGGUGUAUCAACAAAGAUGAAUUUGGGAAAAUAAUGGAGAACAAAGCCAGAGAAGCUGGUGUGAAUACACAGUUCCAGUAUACUGACAAGGAGCCAACAGGAACCUGUGCUGUCAUUAUCACUGGAAGUAAUAGGUCUCUUUGUGCCAAUUUAGCUGCAGCCAAUUGUUUUACAGAGGAACAUCUGGAGACCCCAGAACACUGGAAACUUGUUGAGAAGGCCCAGUAUUAUUAUAUAGCUGGAUUUCCCCUUACCGUUAGUCCCCCAACUAUAAUGAGAAUCAGCAAACACGCCCAGGAAUCUGGCAAAGUGUUUAGCAUGAACCUGUCUGCACCAUUCCUAUGUCAGUUCUUCAAAGACCCCAUGCUCAAGGCCCUGCCAUUUGUAGAUAUUCUGUUUGGAAAUGAAACGGAAGCAGAAACAUUUGCAAAAGAAAACAAUUUCGGGACCACCGAUAUUGCACAGAUUGCACUAAAGUUAGCUGCUCUACCAAAGGAGGACAACAAACCUAGGACAGUGGUCAUCACUCAGGGCAACAACCCAACUGUUGUAGCUAAAGAUGGUAAAACAACAGAGUACCCUGUAAUUCCUAUUGCUGACAAGGAUAUUGUAGAUACUAAUGGAGCUGGGGAUGCCUUUGUUGGAGGUUUCUUAGCCCAGCUUAUUAAAGGCAAGCCCAUAGAGGAAUGCAUUCGAAGUGCGAACUAUGCAGCUAACCUUAUCAUUCAACGAUCAGGAUGCACCUAUCCAGAGAAACCAGAUUUCCACUGAAAAUUGUGUGCUGCAGUGGAGAAUGGUAUUAAGGGUAAAUCAUGGGCAUCUUGUCCUAGUGGUUGUGCAGAAACACAAAAAACCUCUCUAUAGUGGAUCAAGCACAGAGACUAUCACUUCUUUCCGUCAUCUUAGACAUUAACAAUUAAAUAUGACUAGGGCUCUUUCAGAGACAAGUUUCAAUAAAUUGUAGGAAUUUUUAUCAAGUAUUAUCCAUGGUUUAUAUACUGUUCCAAAAAUUGUAGCAAUUUUAUCAGGUAUUAUUUAUGGUCUAUCUACUGUUGUAUUUUAUUUUACAUAUGUUGUUCCUGGAAAUUAUGAUGGCAUCAGUGCAAAUGAAGUGUGUUUUACACUGUAUGUUUUGUAUUAAAAUCUGAAAAGUUA